AUGAGAUCCACGACGAGGACCACCGCCGCGAUCGCCGGCCUCUUUGCGGCCAGCGCCGCCGCGCAGAACUCGACCAGCACCUGCACCAGCGGAGUGCAUCUCAUCGUCGCACGUGGCAGCAACGAGCCAGCUGGUGUUGGCCGGAUCGGCAGCGUCGCCAAUGGCGUCGUCGCCGCCAUCCCCGGGUCCCAGAUCGAGCCGCUCGACUACCCCGCGACCUUCGACAACUACUCAAUCUCAGUGGAAGAUGGAGACAUUGCCAUGAACCUGGCCUUGACGGCGUACAGCGCGAGAUGUCCCGACUCAAAGGUUGCCCUGCUCGGAUAUUCCCAGGGUGCGCAAGUGACGGGUGAUACCCUGUGUGGCAGCGUCGACGAAGACGCCGGCGAGGCGCUGGAUUUAGAGUUCAACCACACAGCGCCAAUUGCAUCUUCCAUCGUCGAUCAGAGCGUAAUUGCGGUCGUCCUCUUCGGAGACCCAACCCAUACCGCCAACUCGACCUGGAACCGCGGCACGAGCACUCGCGACGGCAUUUUCCCUCGCGAUAACACUACUGCAUGCCAGCAGUACGCCUCCAAGAUCGCGUCGUGGUGCGACACGGGCGACGUCUAUUGCGACAUCGGUAACAACACCAAGGUCCACGGCUCGUACUUUGCCAACUACACCGAUGACGCCGUGGAGUUUGUCGUCGCUCAGUUCAACGCCUCCAAGACGAACAGCACUUCUCCCUCGGCCACCCCGACGCCAUCUACCGUUCCGGCAUCAGGGGCUGGUGCCACUGGUCCGGGCAUGCUCAUGUCAAUGGCUGGACUGACGAUGCUCGCGGCUUUCAUGAUGUAA